AUGGCACCUACUGCACCUUUCAACCCGCCUGCUGCUGACCUGCCGGGCAAGCCAUCGGUUCCAGCAUGGAACCCCCCUCCGGUCACGAAAGAGAAGCAUGACUUUGCCGAGCUGAGCUCAAUUGACUUGUCUCUGCUUGACUCGGAUGACCCAAAAGUCGUCGAUGCCCUGGUGAACCAGGUAAAGAGGGCCAUCCGUGAGGAUGGCUUUCUGUUCCUUGAGAACUACGGCAUCUCUCUUGAGCAGCUCCACCGCCAGUUUGCCCUAGCCCAGUACCUGUACAACAAUAUCACCGAAGAAGAUAAAGAGAGACUUAUCUUCGACCCGGACACGGGACGAUGGUCUGGAUACAAGCACCCAUAUGGGUUCAAGCGUCAUCGUGGAGUCCCCGAUGGUAUCGAGCAGUUCAACUGGUACAACCGCGAGUGGCAAGACAUCAACCGUAUCCCCACGUGCCUGCACCCCUUCAUGGACGAGAUUGAGGAGUUCUGCAACUACCUGACAAAGUCGGUCAACCGGCGGAUCCUGAAACUCUUCUCCCGCGUGCUGGAGCUGCCCGAUGACUACCUCUGGGACAAUGUCCAGUCGCAUGGCAGCCCGACCGGUGAGGGCUACUUCCGCCACGCCCUCUUCCGUCCGGUGGAGCAGUCAACCCGCGAGAAGUCCAAGGGCCUCCGGAUGCACGGUCACACCGACUUCGGGCUCACCACGCUGCUGUUCUCUGUGCCCAUCUCCUGUCUGCAGAUCUGGGGCCAGGACGAGAAGUGGUACUACGUGCCCUACAAGCCCGGCGCGCUUGUCAUCAACAUCGGUGACACCCUCGAGAUUGUCUCUGGCGGUCACUUCAAGGCGACUCGCCACCGAGUCUUCACGCCUCCGGCUGAUCAGCUGCACGAGGAGCGCCUUUCACUGGUGCUUUUCAACAGCUCCGUCGGUGAUCUGCGCAUGGCACCCGCAGCCUCUUCACCACUGAUCCAACGGGAAGGCUGUGUCGAGGAACAAGGCGUCUACAAGGAAUUCAAGAGGCUCACCGAGCAAGGACAGCUUGUGCCCACAAACCGCCAGUGGCGGGAGAUGCAGAUUGCGCAGGCCACAGACCCGACGGACACAGAGCGCAACCGCGUCGGCGCCGACCAGAUCGUCGUCAACGGCAAGCUCAUGCAACAACGAGAGUAUAUGGGUGUCAGGGUUGUCCUGCCGGUGUGA